GGCUUGUUUGCAAUGUUGAUUAGUGGCCGCUUGGCAAGUUGCAUUCACUUGUAGAGCGAUGGAGCGUGAUGACUCUGCCAACGCGCUGAGCGUCAUCGAGGAGGGUGACGAGCAGGACUUAAACGCUGAGGCCUUUGCAGACAUGGCCAUGAGCGGAAUGGACAUGAAUCUGGAGCUCAACACACUACAAAUCGACAGGAACGGCGCAUUCAGUGCCGCCGUGCAACCAACAGGGACACAAACGAAGCGCAGCGCCUAUGAGGAGUUGAAAAAUGGCGCUGUAUAUUAUUCUAGACGAGAGGACAAGAUGCAGGUGCUGCAGGAGCAUCCAGUGGUGGCCUCGGUGUCCUCGGACGGGAGGUCAGUCGGCUGCAAAUGUGGACGCAGUGUGCGACUGAAUCCGCCGUGGUACAUUCUUAAGUUCGAGCAGCACGUGGCCAGCAGGAAUUGCACCUUUUUAAGGCAAAGUAGACCCAGGAAGAGGAAGAGGCCGGAGAAUAAAGACACAAGAAAAGGAGAUGCAGAUGACCAGGAGACACAGGAAGCCGAAAUCGAUGAUGACGACGAAAAUAUUGGAGAAUAUUCGCUGCAGUCAGUGGACGCAAUACUCCGUCGAGAGUUUGGAGUGGUACAUAAUGACCAGCGACAUAUUGAGCCACCUUCUGACGAUUCCCCCGACCAUCGCGUUAGGAUGUUUAAAGGAGCGAUGACACUACGCGAGAACCCACACUUUAAGCGAAUUACACCCGAUGGGAAAUUUGUAGAGUGUAAAUGCGCGAGGAUAGUGCUGCUCGGCGCUCCGUGGCAGCCUGGGCAGUUUUUAAUGCACGUAGCAGACAAACAGAAGCCAAAGAAGCGAGCGAAACCUGCAUCUGCCGUGGCGAAUGAAGAGUGGAAGAAGAAAAGGAUAGCGACCUCGCCAGCAAUGAGGACGAUGAUUUCAGGAGGUGUAUUGAUGAGACCACCCACGUCCGCAAGUGCGUUGUUACAGGCAUAUAAAAGCAAGAAGAGCUUCCCACGCGAAAUCCGGUGGGAUGUCGCUCGAGAACGUGGCUUUUUGCCAUGCCCAGGCCUGAGAGAUGAACGUAUGAACACGUUUGUGACGUCUGCGAUUCAGCUGACAGGAGGUGCACGACAUCGACAGAAAAUUGCAAGAGAGCUCUUCCCGCAUCUCUUUCCGGACAACGCGGAGUAUGAUCAUGCAGAUGAAGCAGGUAAUGGAGAUCUGGACCAUUCAAGCACAACACACAAGCGACACCCGAAGCUCCAGCAGCUUCUUGAGGCGGAAAAACUGUUACUACACGAUGUUAUUGAAGGCGAGGCCCUGUGGUUCGUGGAUAAGGAUGGCAACUCAGUGCGCAGUUUGGACUGUCUCGGUGUCGUGGAGUCAAGUAAAGGGGAAGAUCGAUGUGCGUCUUGUACGGCACUUCGUAGUAACGCGGUGUUGAGAACAGCUGCGGCUGCAAAAUACAAAGUGGCAACACGUCCGGGACCGCCACGCAACCCGAUCAACAGGAAGUUUUGUUCGGGACGCGUGUGUUCACUGCUUGAAGCUGAGUUCGACAUGCAGGAGCCUUACGCCAGAGUGCUGCGCGAUUUGGCACUCGCAGAUAUCCCCAUCGCUUUGAACACGUGGAUGGAGAUGGCUACAAUGGGACUUUCAGGCGAUUUUGAUUCGCAUUCAGCGCUACUUGGACUAACGGAGGCGAUGGUACGAUUGAAGGACAAGGAGCAGCGAGGCGUGGGGUUACAGAACAUGACGUACAGUGAUCUUCUCGAUUCGUUUAUGCGCUCGCUUGCUGACUUAUCUCCAGAAGCGUGUGAGCUGUUUCAGCGGCAUUUGGGUGGGCGUAAGCAAAGGCAACUGCUGGCAGCGACAUCGAGACCUCAUAAGCGUAAGCUGCAGCCUAUAACCAUCAAGACUGGACAGGACCAACCAGGCGACUCACUUUAUGAUGGCACAUCGAGUUCGACUGCAGUGCGUGCUACAAGCGACGAUGGCUUCGUGCACUUGCUGGAUCCUUCCGUUGUUGGUCUCAGUAUGCCUCAUUUAUCUAUCGGUGACAUUCAAGACGUCGACUUGACCUCAUUUCCCACCUCUUCGGCAAUGCAAACCCAAUCCAGUAACAGUGAGGCAACCGCGUCUGCAGCCAACUCGGCGACUCCAUCCGAGUCUUAUCAGUUGCCAACAAUCCAACAAAGUCGCUCAGAGACCGAAAAGCGCAACGACGUUGCUAUUGAUUCGGUCUCUGAAUUAACUUCAACUGCGCUUGGCAGAGAGGAUCACGAAGAAACUGUGGACGCUGAAGAGCAAAUGGAGAGUGAUCCAGCUGCAGUGGCGUUCCUCUCCGAGCUAGCACCUUCCGACGGCAAGGAUAUCAGCACGAGUGAUGAGGCGGUAAUGCCAACGGACCACGUUCCAUGCACUGGCCUCCGCGAUGAAAAUGUGCAGGCCUACGUGUCCAACGCCGUUCAAUUAGUCGGAGGCAGUCGACCUCGGUACGUUAUUGCUCGCGAGUUGUUCCCGCAGGUGUUCGGAAACGACGAGAAGGUUCGCAUCGUUGACAAGCUCAAUGAAGAACAGCGGCUAAUGCUACAAGAUGCUGUAUUUAGCGAGUGUCUGUGGCGUGUGGAUAAGGAGGGUCGCUGCGUCCGAAGUCUGCGUUGCAAGCGAUUUGUACCAGCCACCGACAACCAGAACCGUGGGAAUCAAAGCCACGGCGUAUGUCGUGCAUGCCGUGACCUACGCACGGUGCCGAACUUCCGCAGUGUGCUCAGUCGCUCCAAAGCGCCAAAGAAACUCGAAAACAUCAAAUACGUGCCCAGUGUGUACACUGAAAGCGAUCCUUUUCUGCGAAAACUGUCCAAGAACUCGGCCUUUCGUGGGCUUUACCAGACUGUCAAGCGUAUGGUGUCUCCAGGAUCUGGUGGUAACAGUGACGUUGAUGCAGAACGAGUGAAGCAAGUGCAUUUCUGGCUGCGCUUUGCUCGUAUGGGCGUGUUUGGACACUUCAAAUCGCACCCAGUUUUCGAAGGAUUGAUGAAGAGCAUGGUGGAGGUGAAGGACAAGGAACGUCGUGGUGUUGGAAAGCAGAACAUGCAGUACUCUCGAGCGCUGGAUGAGUUCAUGCAGAGUAUGGCGCAGAUAUCUACAGAAGCGUUUGAACUCUUCGCUGGCCAGUUUUGUGGCCGCACGCUGCGCUCACAGAAGGUCAAGCGGCGAUCCACCAGCGCAACCCUCACUACUCCAGUGCAGACGUCCAUUGGAGCUGAAUCUGCGCCAGUAAAGGACACGGGCGGUGCUGUGGAUCCCCCUACACACCAGCCACUGUCUUCGCCAACUCAUCAGCACCAACAUUAUCUCAUGCCACCAGACGACCUACUUAGUGGGCGGAGUUUAUCUUCUGAGGAAAGUCAACGCUUCAUGGAUCGCAUGAUGGACGAAGUGCGACUGUCAGUGAGUCGCGAGAUGGAGCUUGCUGAAGAAGAACGUCGUGCAAGUGUUGGAAAUUCGGGAGAUAUUGAGCAGCACACCAACGAUGAAGAUGAAAGCAAUCGAUUGGGUCCUGAGACGUAUCUGGAUGACGAAGGAGUACUCACUACAGAGAUUUAAUGGUUGAAUCUUGGCAAAGUAGCAAUGAUAUUAUGGAGAACUCAGUGUAGUGCUGUUUCAAAUACCAUACUGGCUACAAAAUUGGACCACCUUCAAAAACCUGCACUUUUAUUAAAAUAUGACGAUCUUCUGGACGAGCCCGACUCACAUCGAACUGUUCCAAAAUGGAUUUGUAGGACGCUUGAUGUUUCAUGUGAUAUCAAACAAUUGACCACGCAUUAAAUUAUC